CCCCCACCACCCUGGCCCCGCGGCCCCUCCCAGCCCCCACCACCCUGGCCCCCAACCCCUCCCGGCCCCCCAACCCCCACCACCCUGGCCCCCCAGCCCCUCCCGGUCCCCCCAGCCCCCACCACCCUGGCCCCCAGCCCUUCCCGGCCCCCCAACCCCGGCCCCUCCCAGCCCCCACCACACUGGCCCCCAACCCCCUCCCGGCCCCCCAGCCCCCACCACCCUGGCCCCCGGCCCCUCCCAGCCCCCACCACACUGGCCCCCAACCCCUCCCGGUCCCCCCAGCCCCCACCACCCUGGCCCCGCGGCCCCUCCCAGCCCCCACCACCCUGGCCCCCACCACCCUGGCCCCCCGGCCCCUCCCAGCCCCCACCACCCUGGCCCCCAAGCCCACCCGGUCCCCCCAGCCCAUCCCGGCCCCUCCAAUCCCCGGCCCCUCCCAGCCCCCACCACCCUGGCCCCCCAGCCCCGCCCGGCCCCCAAACCCCCGCCCCCAAGCCCCUCCUGGUCCCCCAACCCCUCCCGGUCCCCCCAACCCCGAGCCCCCAACGGCAGAGCAGGCCUCGUUACCCCCCAGGACAGAGCAGGCCUCGUCACCCCCCAGGACAGAGCCUCGUCACCCCCCAGGACAGAGCCUCGUCACCCCCCAGGACAGAGCCUCGUUACCCCCCAGGGGAGAGCAGGCCUCGUCACCCCCCAGGACAGAGCAUUGUCACCCCCCAGGACAGAGCCUCGUCACCCCCAGGACAGAGCCUCGUCACCCCCAGGACAGAGCCUCGUCACCCCCAGGACAGAGCCUCGUCACCCCCCAGGACAGAGCCCGCCCAGGACAGAGCCUCAUCACCCCCCAGGACAGAGCCUCGUCACCCCCAGGACAGAGCCUCGUCACCCCCAGGACAGAGCCUCGUCACCCCCAGGACAGAGCCUCGUCACCCCCAGGACAGAGCCCCGUCACCCCCAGGACAGAGCCCCGUCACCCCCAGGACAGAGCCCCGUCACCCCCCAGGACAGAGCCUCAUCACCCCCAGGACAGAGCCUCAUCACCCCCAGGACAGAGCCCCGUCACCCCCAGGACAGAGCCUCCCCAGGACAGAGCCUCGUCACCCCCAGGACAGAGCCUCAUCACCCCCAGGACAGAGCCUCAUCACCCCCCAGGACAGAGCCUCAUCACCCCCAGGACAGAGCCCCGUCACCCCCAGGACAGAGCCUCCCCAGGACAGAGCCUCCCCAGGACAGAGCCUCAUCACCCCCAGGACAGAGCCCAGUCACCCCCAGGACAGAGCCCGUCACCCCCAGGACAGAGCCACAUCACCCCCCAGGACAGAGCCCCGUCACCCCCCAGGACAGAGCCUCGUCACCCCCAGGACAGAGCCCCGUCACCCCCCAGGACAGAGCCUCGUCACCCCCAGGACAGAGCCCCGUCACCCCCAGGACAGAGCCUCGUCACCCCCAGGACAGAGCCUCGUCACCACCCAGGACAGAGCCCCGUCACCCCCAGGACAGAGCCUCGUCACCCCCCAGGACAGAGCAGGCCUCUGGGUGUUUUUCUGAAGCAGAGUAUCCAGGUUAUUGUUUCUCCAGAUGAAGAGGUCUGGAACGGCAGGGUUUACACUCAAUCAGCGUUCGCUCAUCAAAUGGGCAUCAACAGUCCACCGUGGGUCGUGUCCUGUUUAGUAGGAGAACAAACCUGA